AUGGGCGAGAAAACAGACCAUCUUCCUUUUAAACCCGCCCAAGACAGCAACAGCAAUGACAAAGACUUUGAUCAUCGCUAUGAAGCCCUCGUGGCUGCAUCAGCAAACAUGGCUCUGACCAUGCUACAUCGUGGCAGAUUCCUCGAGGAUGAGCUCAGUCGUGCGUUUAAUCAUGUUCGCACGAGCAAUGAGUUCUUGGAAAAGUUUGUGCAGUUGCUUGGGUCGACUGAUGAGAAUCGAGAUGAUGGGCAGGGGCGUGCUGGGUCGUGGAAGGAGGUUGCCGAGCGUGUCAAGUCUGCUGUGAAAGGGGCUGGUCAACGUGACGAUGAUAUUGAAGGUGGACAAGAUGAUUCUGAGAAGGAGGGGUCAAUUGUGGUUAAGAAUGAGACGGGCGAGUCGGUCGGUGAACCUUCAAAUGAGGAGGAAUGA